AUGUCGCUCAGUAAAUGGUUAUGGAGAACUACUAGGAGCUGUCUUAAUAGGCAAAAUAUAAGAGAGGAACAUUUACUACAAAGGGCUACAAAUUUAAACGGUUCUUUAUCUAAAAUUAUUGAUGAUGGGUUGGCUAUCAGUGACCUUGCCAAAACAACGACAUUAAGGGAGCGAAUAAGAAAGAUGAUUGAGUACCACACUAUUGAGAGAGUACCAGUUCAGGGGCAGAUAACGCUGCUAGCGUACGAAAUGCUCGAACAACCUGAGAAAAUCAAAGAUCAUACGCUUCAUCAAGCAGUUGUUUUAGCUUGGGCAGUAGAAUUGAUUCAGUCAUACUUCCUUAUCAUGGACGACUUAGAAGAUGGAGCAGCGACUCGCUGUGGAAAGCCAUGCUGGCACUUGUUGCCAGAAGUAAAAACCCUGGUUAUGAACGAUGCCAGCAUGUUCCGCAGCUUUAUUCACGAAAUAAUCCAGCAAAACUUUAAAGAGCCAUUGUACACAAAUUUGACUACCCUAUUUAAUGAGAACGAUUUCAUGGACUGCUUCGACGCAGAGUCGACGACUGGAAAGACGGGCACCGACAUACAGGAAGGAAAGUGCACUUGGCUAGCGGUGAAUUCGUUACAGAGAUGCAGCGCUAGGCAGCGCAAAAUAUUCCACGAGUGCUACGGUAGCUGGGACCCGGAACACGUGGCGCGUAUUAAACAAAUCUACGAAGAUAUGGCCCUCACUAAGCUGUACAAAGAAGAUCAGCGCAUACGCUACGAAAAUUUCAUGUCACAAGUACGAGAACUUCCAUCAAACGCGGUACCAUCACCAGCACUGUUUCUGCAGUUGCUAAACGUGAUUCAGAGCAAUCAA